AUGGCUCCCAAGGUCGCAAUCAUCGUCUACACCAUGUACCACCACAUCGCCAAGAUGGCCGAGGCCGUCAAGGCCGGCGUCGAGGCCGCGGGCGGCCAGGCGACCAUCUUCCAGGUGCCGGAAACGUUGCUGCCGGAAGUGCUCAACUUGUUGCACGCCCCCGACAAGCCCGACUUCCCCGUCGCCACCAAGGAGACGUUGACUCAAUACGACGCCUUCUUGUUUGGCAUCCCCACCAGAUUCGGUAACUACCCCGCCCAGUUCAAGGCAUUCUGGGAUGCCACCGGCGCGCUCUGGGUGUCAGGUGACUUGUACGGCAAGCCCGCGGGGAUCUUCGUGUCCACUGGCACCCCUGGUGGUGGUCAAGAGGCGACGGUGAUGAACGCGUUGCUGUGUCUUGUCCACCACGGGAUCAUCUACAUUCCCUUGGGCUACGCUCAGGCCUUCCCGCAAAUCACCUCGUUCGAUCAAGUCCACGGGGGUUCGCCGUGGGGUGCUGGUACUUUUGCUGGCGCCGAUGGCCUGAGACAGCCCACUAAGCUUGAACUUGAGAUCGCCCAGAUCCAGGGUAAAGAGUUCUACAAGCGCAUCCAAAACUUUUGA